ACCAAACCCUUACUCCGCGCUCGACUCCUCCCCUCUCUCUCUCUCUCUCUCUCUCUCUCUCUCUCCCGUACUCUCUGCUUGUGCUCGGGAGCUCGAUCAUGGCGGAGCACGAGGCGAAGAAGACGAUUCAGAUAUACCCCUCCCCCACCUCCUCCUCUGCGAGGCUCGUCACCGCCUUUUGGAGAGAGAAGUACGAGAGGGAUGCGAAGAGGUACUGGGAUGUGUUCUAUAGGCGCCACCAGGAUCGGUUCUUUAAGGAUCGGCACUACUUGAAUAAGGAGUGGGGCAGCUAUUUCCAGGGUAGGGAGGGAGAAAAGCUUGUGGUUUUGGAGGUUGGUUGCGGAGCUGGAAACACAAUCUUCCCUUUAAUGUCUACGUAUCCGGAUGUUUUUGUCCAUGCAUGUGACUUUUCGCCACGUGCCAUUGACUUAGUCAAGCGACACAAGGACUUUACAACUGAUCAGGUCCAUGCAUUCGUCUGUGAUCUUACAACAGAUGAUCUCAGCAAGAUAAUAGAACCCUCUUCUGUUGACAUUGUAACCAUGGUUUUUGUGCUUUCUGCAGUUUCUCCUGAAAAGAUGCCUUUAGUCUUGCUCAAUAUCAAGAAGGUUCUAAAACAAAAUGGUCAUGUGCUUUUUCGCGAUUAUGCCAUUGGCGACCUUGCUCAGGAAAGGCUUACAUCUAAGGAGCAGAAAAUAAGCGAGAACUUCUUUGUCAGAGGUGAUGGUACACGUGCAUUUUACUUUUCGGAGGUUUUCUUAACAGAUUUAUUCACAAAAAGUGGGUUUGAUCUUGAUGAAAUUGGCAUACAUAACAAAAAGGUGGAGAACCGAUCACUGGAGUUAGUGAUGAACAGGCGUUGGAUUCAAGCUGUGUAUACCAUCAAGCCGAGCAAUUCUCAGAGAUCAACCAACAAGCUAAAUCUUAUUAAUCAAGAAAUUAUUGAGCCGGAGCCUUCCUCUAAUGUAACUUCGGAGGGCGGAAACGACCCUGAGAUCGACCUUUCUGAGGAUAUAUGCAGCAUGUUUGGCAUGUCACCCACAAUUAAUGAGGCCAUUGAGAUCAAAGCAAAUGAUUACACCUUCAAGAUAAAAGCACUUCCCAAAGAAAAUCAGCACACAUGCAAAUCGACGGGGCUUAUGGUAUGGGAAUCUGCUCGCUUCAUGUGCAAUUUACUAGCAGAAAACCCUUCCAGCGUUGCCGGCAAAAGGGUUUUGGAGUUGGGUUGUGGCUCUGCCGGUGUUUGCUCGAUGGUAGCCGUUCAUUUUGCCCAUCAGGUGGUCGCAACUGACGGAGAUUUAGAAGCGCUUGACCUCCUAAAACAAAAUAUCGAGUCAAAUCUAGAACCAAAUUUGAUCGAAAAAAUGAUUAUUAAGAGGCUAAUCUGGGGAAAUACGGAUGAUAUAAUCGCUGUUAAGGAAAUUUGUGGUCGCGAAGCAGGCUUUGAUGUCAUCAUCGGCACAGAUGUGACUUAUAAUUUUGACGCUAUCUCCCCACUCUUUCGAACUGCGAGGGAACUGAUAGCUAAGGAAGAUAGUGAAGGGGGGUCAAAGCCGGCUCUCAUUCUGUGCCAUAUUCAACGAAGGGUCGACGAAUGCUCGAUCGUUGAAUCCGCGAACCAGUUUGGAUUCAGGCUUGCGGACAAAUGGCUCAACGGUGUGCAUCCCAGUUGCGGCAUCAUCGGCUCCUGGUUCUCUGGUAAUUUUAUUUCUGAGAGUGCUUUUCGUAAUGCACCUUUGACGGUAUUAUAUUUUGGAGCGUAAGAAUUUAACUCGAUAGCUGGUCUCGACUCUUAUAAUUUCAGAUAUAUCUAUUGUGCUGAAUUUGACAAACCCUUGAGCCAAACCCUAAAUUAAUAGAGUAUAAUUCUUUGUUGAUUUUCGCA